AUGAGUCGACACAACAUGAAGGACGGCGAUAUCACGCAGCUGGCUUUAGAUACUAGGGAGAAGAUUAGAUUGCUGCGCGACAAUUUAGACAAGAUCAGCAGAGAAUUUGAAGAAUUCAUCAAGACCGAAAGGUCCGAAAGUCCCAGAAGAGAAAGAUCCUCCAGUCCACUCCUGCGACUGAAACGCCGUCUAACAGGCUCGGACAGCUCUUCUUCCAAGGAGAGCCUGCCUAGUCCUUCUUCCUGGGAAGAUUCGCGCAACGAUUUGAAGAGACGUAUCCGCGUACUCGAGGACGAGCAGCAAGAUCUCGACCAAGUGGUGGCUGAUUUCUUUACUCGCAAAAACAUGGCCCUACUCCAUGUGUCGAAAGUCCGGCCCGAGGACGAUGGCGUUUUCCCUCCAGAGCCAGAAAAGUCACAGUUGGCAAAUAUGAGGGGUCGGAUCCAGGGCAUGUUGAAGCAGCUGUAG